AUGUGUGAGAACAGUUUAGUUUACGUCGACACAGGUCUGCAUAGGCCUAUUGUUAUAAUUUCGGUUUACCGAUCCCCGGAUGGUGACUUGGAGCAAUUCCUUCAGCUACUGGACAAUUGUCUGGAAAGCCUAUCACUGAAAAAUAAAGCUAUUAUCCUGUGUGGUGAUUUUAAUAUACACCUGGAAACAACUUCCAAGGAAGAGGCGGCCUUCACUAACCUACUGCGGUGUCAUAAUAUCUUCAUAGCAAACCGUAAACCAACAAGAGGAAGUGUCUGUUUGGACACCUUUGCCACAAACCUCGACCAGUGGGACUUCGAUGUCAGUGUGGAAAAUCCUCUCAUUGCGGACCACUGCGCAGUCGUCUUCAAACUUAAGGCAAGAUCCGUUAUUGUGAGUAAGGUUGUACCUCCAAUUUCAUGGCACAAAAAUUACAACUUUUAUAAAAGGCACAUUUCAGAUGACAAGGUUCAACUCUUGCUUAGGGCUCUAUACCAAAUUGACUGGAACAGUGAACUGGUAAGAAACGGACCGGAAGUUUUUGACUCCCUUUUCACAUGUAUUUGUCAUAAGUUCAAUGAAUUUUUUCCUCUUAUUCCUACUGGUGCUCCUAAACCUAAAGUAACUCUGAGGCCUGCUGCGAGGAGUUCUGGCAAGAAAUGGUUCACUAAUGAGUUGAAACACCUUAAAUUGCAUGUGUUAAUGCUGCAUGACCUUUCUAAGAAAGUAACUCUAGCAAGCGUAAAAACCAUUCUUGACACCCAGUACCGUAAGUAUUUUAAAAUUUACAGGGGUAAAUUGAAGGCGGCCAAAAUAGCCCAAAACGUCUCCUACAUCGAUUCUGCGCAAAAUAGAUGCAAGGCGGCUUGGCAAGUUAUCAACCAAAACAAGGUAAAAUCUCAACAAUUUUCAUAUCCAGGUAGCCCUGACGAUUUUAACACCUUUUUCAUCAAAUCAGUCGAAGAUAUUGUAUCUAAGUUUCCGCAGGCUGCAGAUGUGAGCCUGGACCUGGGUUUUUUACCAACACCUAACUGCACACUUAUGGAAUGGGAAGAGGUAAGCCCCAAAUUAAUUACCGCUUUAGUGAAGAACUUUAGGUCCUCCAAAAGUCAGGAUGUUUACGGCAUGUCGGGUGAAGUCUUGAAGUCCGUCAUCGACGCUAUAGCUGACCCUCUAUGCAAAGCCAUAAAUUGCUGCCUAAGAUUUGGUGUUUUUCCUGACUACAUGAAAAUAUCUAGAACGAUCCCCAUCUACAAGAAGGGCGACCAUCAAGAACUGGCAAAUUACCGCCCGAUAUCGAUAAUCCCGGUAUUGGCCAAAGUCAUGGAAAGUGUCAUGAAAAUUCAGCUAUUGAAAUACUUUGAAGAAAACAACCUGUUCAUGGUGGGGCAGCAUGGUUUUAGGAGAUGCCACUCCACUACUACGGCAAUAUUAUCACUAGUUGAAGAAAUAACCAAGGCAUUUGAGGAGGGUGAAUCAAUGGCGCUUACACUCUGCGAUCUCAGCAGGGCGUUCGACUGCGUAUCACACCAACUACUGCUCCAGAAGUUGUCUCACUAUGGAAUAGGUUCUACGGUCCACAAGACAUUAGCAUCGUAUCUGCUAAACAGGAAACAGGCCGUUCUUUCUGGUCGGGGAUCUUGCUGGUCAAGCACGGAGUGUCUCAGGGUUCUGUUCUGGGGCCCUUACUCUUCCUAA